AUGAUGUUCUUGAGUUCUGUGACCAUCCUGUGCAGUGCUGUGAAAAGUCAGGAACACCGUAACAUGGACUACUACUGUAAUAAAGCCAUGCUGGCAGAGAGAGUGGAGAUGCUGAUCCUCGAAGAGCCUGUUGACAUGAUGAUCAGCUCUCUGAGACAACAAGCCAUGUUCUGCAUCAUGGAAAUGAGCCAUGUAAACCCAAAGUUCCAGCCCUUACAGAGAAUGGAGUUGAUACAGUCAGGUAUCUUCAGCCUGUUUUCCUUGCCCCCCAACAUGGAGACUGACACCAACAGGGAGAUCAUUAGUCUGUACAGUCAGACCGUUCGAGCCUUGGAUGAAAUGUUGCAAGGACUAAUGACUGAAACUGAGAACCCCAGCAUGCUGGUGCUCAUUGAAAUCGUGGAGAUCAUCAUGCCCUGGAUCUUGUCCGAUAAGAUCUUUGAGAAAGUCCGGGCUUUGAGAACUCUUUCUCGACAACUAAGAUUCAUUAGCAGCUUCCCUGUACUAAGAGUGCCAGAACUGAUCAAGACUAUUCACAGCAAUCUGAGCCACAUAAAAGAUCCCAAUGCCAUCGAAGUCAUUGAGAAGACUCUUCGGAAACUGGUGCAGAAGUACCCUGAUGAGGCCAUGCUGAUGCUGAUAACCAUCCAAGAUGAUUUACAAGAUCGAGAGCUGUGGAGGAUCCUGGCAGCCUCCUCCGGAGGCUAUGCUAUGAUCCUGAAUCAUCUGCUGAAGAGGUUGAAGUCUUUAUCUUUUCAGGAUCCCAAGGAGCCCAUGCAAUCUUUGGAGAUCAACUCUGUGCUGGCCAGCAGGGCUCUCAAUGAGCUGCUUUUGCAAUCCAGUUCAAAGUUAGAGGUGGAGACCCUCUACCCUUGGCUGUACAUGGCCCUCCUGUCCCUGAUCUCCUUCCUCGUGUUUGAAGCGGGCAGCCAGACCAUCGACAAGCAGCCAGGGGUGCCUGAAUGGAUGAACCCUGUGAGCUGUACCAUUGAGUCUCUGAAGACCUUGAUCUGUUCAGCUGGGUAUGAGUACCAGGUGUCUUUCAUGGAGAAUCACAGGACCUGGGAGUUGCUGGCUGAGCCAGAGGGAUACCUGGAGGGAAUCUUCAUGAUAGCCAAGUCCAUGACCAUGAGGAGUUGCUGGCACAUUCGGCCCAUAGUUAGUCUCAUCUUAAACAUCCUCACCGGGAAUGAAGUUGGGAGUUUCAUUACCGCCUUGGCUGUCUUCGCCGAGCUUCUCCAGGACACAGAGGUGGCGAUCAUGGCAGAUGAAGCCAUUGUUCAACUCCUCAUCAACUGUGUCCAAAAAGAUGAGCCCGUGACCCAGCAGCUGGUGCUAAAGGCCACGGGGAACUUUGGGAUCCAUAAGGAGACGACCAAGUUCCUCCGAAUGCUACAGCCCUACGUACUGAACUGCUGCUACUCCAUGGACUCCAGAGUGGUAACAGAAGCCUUCUUAGCUCUGAGGUGCAUCAUCUACAACCUCUGCUGGACUGACUCUGUCUUACUGCUCAUUGAGAUCUCUUGCACUCUGCGGCCCUUCUUUGAUGAUGAGUCAGAGGAGCUUCGAUAUAAUUCGAUUGACAUGUUUGGUGCCCUCUUGGCCAAGGUGAAACGGAGGUUCCUGAUGGUUCCCUUCAGGUACCAGGUCCAUUGCAGCCUGGUUCCCUUGAUGUUCCACCUGCAGGAUGAGAACGUCAGUGUGGCCCAUGCCAGCAGGGAUGGCCUCUGCCACUCUGCCAAAAUUCUGGUCUGCCCCCGGUUCAAGGCGGUGUGCACUGAUAAAGACAUGUUCUCCAUCGGGAGGAUCCUGCUGAAGGAGCAAAAGGACAAGAUCCCCUGGUUUCUGAGCCAGAGCCUCAGCUACUUUCGUAGCAAUCAGGCCAGCAUCCGGCAAGCAGCUGUGUGGUUGACAAGCCAGAUUAUCCAAACCAUGACCCUGGAAAAUGAGGAGGAACUGCAGGAAGUCUCUUCAGCUCUAAUGCGCCUGAAAAGUGACCCUGACCCAGCUGUCGCCUGCUUGGCAACACAGACCAUCUACCUUCUGGAGGUCAAGAGGAUUCAACAAAGACCUUACUGGUUCAUAGGUAGUCUUUUCCGCCGUCGGUUCAGAGGCAAAAAGGUGAACUACUGA